AUGGGGCAGUGUGGUAUUACCUCAUCAAAGACGGUGCUGGUCUUUCUGAACCUAAUUUUUUGGGUAAGUUAAAACGACAACUGUUUCGUUCGAGUGCGCAAAAUCUCAACCACAACAUUAUACGCAGCACAUUUGCUAGCAACCUGCUAGUUACUACCAUUCAAGUCAACCUAGGCCAUGUGACUGUUUGUCUAUCUUUAUCUUAAAUAUACUGUUUGAGAAUUUGGGCCUUUGGGUUACUACAAAAUGCAAUGUUAUUGCAGUCAUGUUGCUAUCCCUUUUAUAUUUAACUAACGUUAGCUAGCUGAACAUUUCCUUUCCUUCUCUGUCUUUCUUUGUCUGGUUGCUUUGGCUACUGCGGCUAGAAUCAGGGAGUUUCAUGCUGGGCUUUUGUGCCCCCUUUGUCCCAGGACGAAAGGCACUGCCUGGAGUCUAACCCUGUUUAAAAAAAAAAAAAUUGUUUAAUGCCCCUUCCCAUAAAAUGAUACUGUAGCCUGAUAACCAUACUGUAAGUGGGUCCUCAACAUAAAGUGUUUGUUGGCAGCUCUUUUUCUAAACUUCCAUAUGUUAGGAAAUGAGGUUUGAGAGAUCAAUAAACACAAUGGUCUUUGUAUUGGUCUUCGCCAGUUAGUGAGCAAUCAAAUAAUUCCAAUUGAAGGAUUGAGUUAUUAUAAUGACAAUGGGAUGGUUUUAAUAUUUGUAUGCUUUUGUGUCAGACAAACAUGCCUUUUGGCCCAUCCUUAGCCCAUAGCACGCUAAAGAUUGGCCUCUGAUUAUUUAGGCCUAACAACCUCUGAGGGACCAUCAGAGAGGCGAUACUCAUUUUAACCUUUUUCUUUUUUUUAAUAUGCUUUUUUGUGUUAUUAAUACUCUCUCCCCCCCAUCAUACAGGCAGCAGCAGGGAUUUUGUGCUAUGUUGGAGCCUACGUGUUCAUCACCUAUGAUGACUACGACCACUUCUUUGAGGAUGUGUACACCCUUAUCCCUGCUGUGUCCAUAAUUGCAGUUGGAGGCCUCCUUUUCAUCAUCGGUCUUAUUGGAUGCUGUGCCACAAUACGAGAAAGCCACUGUGGGCUUGCAACGGUCAGUGCAGGGCUCUAUGCAGAUGUUUUUUACAGGGAGCACGUGUGCACCUAAGUUGAAAAAUGUAGGAUCACACAAAGAAAUUUAGGAGCACAAUGAAAAAUAUGAGGUAACAAGCCGUUUUCUUUGUAGUAAUGGUGCAAGCAUGCCGGUCAUGACUCUGCGCUCAGUGUAUUCCCCAUGGCACUCAGGGGCUGCGGUACGGUGAAGUAAUCAUUGCAAAAAGUAUAUUUUUUGUUUGUUUUUUAGCACACUGGUGCGCCUAAAUAAACAUUCCAGGUCGCACAGCAAAAUAUUUGGCCGCUUAUGCAAGUAAAAUGGUUGCACUGUAGAGCCCUGCAGUGAAUGUUGCCUUAUCACCUACUUCUACAGCAUUCAAACUGGGCUCAGUACUCCCUCAGUAAUCCUGUUGGCCAGAAGACUGAUUACUAAAUACAUAACCUAGUUCAGGCUACAGAGAGCUUAUGUUGUUUUGUAUCAUGUUGGAUAAUCCUUCAUUACAGUUUUAUUGAUUUAAAUGUGCAUUUUAUUCCUUAUGAAUGCUAGAGAUCUUAAAAUCCUCUCCCUUUGUAUUUUCAGGAGUUUCUUAUGUUUAAUUCUUCCUCUUUUCGCCACAGUUUGUCAUCAUUCUCCUCCUGGUGUUUGUGACGGAAGUGGCAGUGGUGGUUCUUGGUUAUAUUUACAGAUCAAAGGUGUGUAAGUCAAGUACAUAUUGAUCAAGGUUACGUUUGUGAAAAUCAGAUUUUGUUCAGGAUAACAAUACUCUCUGGAUAUGUUCCUAUGUGAAACGUUUUUCUUUCAACCACAAUAUUAACAAUUUUCUCUAUGGAAAACAUAGUAGCAUAUGUAUUUUUAUAUUUAGUCUUCCCAUGAAUGGGAAAAGUGCUAUCUUAAGUGGUAAUAAGGUUGUGUAAGAUGGACAUUCUAAUCUCAGGAACCUGUUUACAGGUUGAAGACGAAGUCAAUCACUCCAUCCAGAAGGUGUACAAUGAGUACAAUGGCACAAACACAGAUGCCUCAAGCCGUGCCAUUGACUACGUGCAAAGACAGGUGAGAGAGAUAUAAUGUAACUUGGGCAAUUCAUGUUUUGUGUAACAGUUUUUAAGUUAUUUAAAGCUGUAUUGAAAUGAUCUAGUAUUAACCAUCACCAUUUCUCAUGCCUGCAGCUCCACUGUUGUGGGAUUCACACUUACUCAGACUGGAUGAACACACGCUGGUUUAAUGAGUCUCGAAACAACAGUGUUCCAGUGAGCUGCUGCAAACCUAAUGUCAGCAACUGUACAGGCUCUCUAGCCCGUCCUGGAGACCUCUAUCCAGAGGUAAGAGAUUGUCCAAUACAUACCUAUGCUUUGCUCUCAUACAUAACAUACACAUUGAUUCUCUUACACAAUGUAUUGUUUUGUGUCUCCAGGGAUGUGAAGCCCUUGUUGUGAAGAAACUAAAGGAGAUAAUGAUGUAUGUAAUCUGGGCUGCACUGACGUUCGCUGCAAUUCAGGUACAGAACCAAUUCCAUCAGCUCUCUUUCGUUCAACUAAGGGAUGUGUUGUUCCAUCAUGUGACCCCCUCCCUAUGAUGACUCAUGAAGUGAUUCAUUAUGGAGGCUGAGUGGGCCUGGGUAUGCCAUUAUUAUGUCAACCCCCCCACCACACUCCAGCAGAGCCUCAAGGGACAGGGCCUAGAGGGGAUUGAUUCAUGGGGACAGGGAAAAUGCAUCUAGGAAUUUCUGGAAAAGGGGAAAUAGCAUAGCCACAAGGUCAUCUCAAACUAGGCUAAAUGGAGCCUAAAGGAAAAAUGGUGUCCCAAGCCAAUUUACAUUGACUUGAUAUAUUAGUUACUUUGAUUUGUUAUAAAAUGUUAAUAAUCAGAUUCUGUAGGCCGUGGGAAAUUGUCAGUGGAUUAAGAUGGCAUGUCAUUUGCUAGAUUGACCCCUUUUCAUUCCUUUCAUUUGACUACAAUGAGGGGGCAGCUGCAUGACAGAGAGCUGCGUUAAAGCGCUGUCAUUCAUUAUUUAAAUACAAAUCAAUCACAUGUAUUUAUAUAGCUCUUUCAACAUCAGCAGUUGUCACAAAGUGCAAUACAGAUACCCAGCUUAAAACCCCAGGACAGCAAAUGGUCCUAGUCUACAUUUAAAUAGCUGUUUAUCAAUAUACUGUAGAUGCUUCCUUUUAAUGUCACCUCUGCAUUUCAUCAACAUUACAUUCUCUUAUUUUAUGGGCUGAUGAGUGUGUGUGGAUGUGAAUUUUCUGGUUUGAAGUCAUUCUAGAGGCUUUUGACCCAGAAGCUUCCCUGUUUGCUGCUGAUGUAGUAGCUUUGUGUCCUUGCUCAGUGCUCAGCCUUUCCUGGGAGAGUAGUUAGCAUAGUGUCCAGGUCAGAGGCUGACAGGCGACAUCCUCAGGAAGGUAUGGAUGGAAGACAUGGAUGACAAAACGCUUCAACCCCUGAUGUUUUCCUUUCCUAGGUAUUUGGGAUGCUGUGUGCCUGUGUGGUGCUGUGCCGUAGGAGCCGUGACCCUGCCUACGAGCUUCUCAUGACAGGGGGAACCUACGCAUAAGAGGAACACACACCUAGGCUGAUGGCUUUGUCAGUGGGGGAUGGUUCACUGGCUUGCCCAAGCUCAGGUUUCCUCUUCUGUAAGUUGAAAAGCUCCUCACACAGUGGCUCAUACUCCACAAUGGUGAUGGGUGAAGUGGUGAAAAACCUAUUUAUUUACAUGCUAUGUAAGUUGGUGUUUUUGACUUUUUUUCAAAAAGCUACAAGCCGAUUCUUAAAUGGUGAUUUAAACAAGGUUUUUUGUUACAGUGAGGGAAAAAAGUAUUUGAUCCCCUGCUGAU